AAUAUGAGAAGGAAACGGAAAUUCUGGGUACGGCCAAUGUUUACGCACAAAAUGAGGCAUUUACAAGGUGCAAGUAACAAUUUAGUCGUUGAGAUGCAAAUAACCGAUCGUGAAAAGUUCUUCAAUUACUUCAGAAUGACUCCGGAAAUAUUAGAAGAAUUGCUAACAUUAGUUGGACCACCGAUUCAGAAAAAAGAAGUUUGUCGAAUCCCAAUAUCACCUCGUACAAGAUUGCAGUUGACUUUGCGCUGGUUAGCAUUUGGUGACAGUUUAGCAUCUCAUUCGUAUGCAUUUCGUAUUGCAUCCAAUACAGCAUCCAAAAUCGUAAGGGAGACUUGCACUGCAUUAUGGGAGGUCUUGAAGGAUAAAGUUUUUCUGCAACCCACCGUUGAAAAGUGGCAACAGGUUGCUGACAAAUUUCAGGAAAUCUGUCAAUUUCCAAACUGCAUUAGAUCUAUAGAUGAGAAGCACAUUAUCGUUCAGGCACCACCGAAUAGUGGCUCGUCCUAUUAUAAUUAUAAAGGUAAUCACAGCAUCAACCUACUUGCUGUGAGUGAUGCGAAUUGUUGCUUCAGCAUCGUGGACAUCGGAGCAGAGGGGAGGCGUUGUGAUGCCGGUGUGUUUGCUAGCAGUGACCUUGCUCGUCUAUUGCAUACAAAUUCACUUCAACUACCCCCGGACAGGCAUUUAGAUAGUAGCGGAUUCAAAUUUCCAUAUGUCCUAAUUAAGUCGAGCGCGAAGAACUGUAGAAUGUUCAUUUGGGAUACUAGCUACAAGGUGGCGAAUUUUUCGUCAGCCAAUUAUAGCUCACAUUUCGACGGCUAA